UUUACUGUACCAACAACAGAAGUCUACGUCAAUUUUAAUCGUCUUGCAAGAAGAGAGGAAUAGUGGGGAAAAGGCUACCCGAAAGCAGCAAGGUAGACUGGUCUACGAAGCUCACAGUCCUUAUCGAUCAGCCGCAGUACGAAAGGUUUCAUCACCGUCGAAGAUCGAUUGCAGGCCUCUCAAGUAUCUUGCCCCCAGUGCACUAGGCCUAGCUGGUAUUUAAAGGCCGGAACAAGACAGUUUAUGAUAUAUAUGCACUAGAACUGUUGAGCGCUGUUAUCAUCCUAAUCACGGAGACUCUACGGCUAACGUGGUAUCUAUUUCCAUCAAACAGCACGUGUCGCUUUGUUGCGCCGCAUCUUGUAUCGUAGUGCAUAAUCCUUUUUCAGUUAUUUUCAUUCUCAUCGUUCUAACCAUCAUUUGAUGUAUGUAUCAUAAUUUUAGAGGCAGCACAAUCAUUAACAUACGCGCCGCAGUGCUCCAUAAAGAGUAGCAACCGAAGCUAGAAAAAUUCUGUUCGGAGAACAGGUAUUUGCGCUACACGGAUCAUCCGACAAAACCACUCUCAGGGUGGGCGCUCAGCAGUUGAGCAGCUUGAAGUUACAUCGGAGGGUGAACGAAUUUAAGGACUGCCCUCCAAGAGCACCAGCGAUGAUGUACUAUGGCAAAGACAGUAGUGGCGGUGGUAUCUCGGAGUUGGACACGAUAGCGAAUGUAAUCGGUUUAAAGGGUGUUGGUACGUCAUCGCUGCGCACCUUCGUCGAGAUGUGGUAUCACAUUUUCCUGUGGGCACUAUUCUCGUCCAUCUUUGUGCACACGUGUGCCGCCGUCAUCGCUUUUGUGACGCUGCGAAAGCACAAGUUCGGGCGCUUCUUUUCCAUCUUCAUCUUCGUGAUGGGCGUCCUAUCGCCGGCGACCGGUGGUGUCGUCAGCAGUACCGUCAUUGCCUUUGUACACAGAGCCUCCAACUUUCAGAUGUCACCGAUCGCGGCCAUGAUUUGGGGCGUCGGGCAGACGAUCGUGUCCGCCUGCUUCGGAUUUACACGGAUCUUGGCAACACUGUAAGGGACCGCCCGCCAUCAACCUGCUGGCCAACCUGCCUGUCCAUUUGAUUCUCUCUGCUAUCUUCCAUCUUUUUCAUUUCUGUCCUUCGAACGUACUGAUGUACUUCGUCUCUGUUUAAAUACCUUCUGCCUGCACUGUGCGGAGGGUCCUAUUGGAAGACUGGUAUUUUGCUGAUACCCGUGUUGGUAUGAUUGUGAUAUUGAGGACGCGUUUUAGCGAAUAUUCGCCAGAAAGAGGGAAGGCUCAUAUUUCGUUUCGGUUGGUAGAGUGCCGGUGGUGGCGGUCGAAAUCAAAAUUCCAAGCAAAGCAAGGGCACCAACGGUUUUCGAUCGUUAGCUUGUAACGCAAGAAAAUACAACACAUCCACUGUAGAAAACAAAACAUUGUAGUAAAAACAAACGAUACACAUCACAACACAUCACAAAAAAAGCAUCGCGAAGGUGGUGUAAUCAAAGCAUUUGAACCACGCUGAGCUUAGGAUAAUUGACAAGAAACAAAAAAAGAACUCGCAACACAGACCAGAUUAUUGCCAUAACGGGUGAAGCAGGCAACAGUCGGUUCAUGGCACGUGAACUGAGGAACGAUCAUUAGCGACGAGAAUGUUUGUUUUGUUUCUUGUCUUCUUUUAAAACAAAAAAUUAGUGCAAAUUCUAAAUGAACUAAUUCGAGCAAAACUACAUACCGUUUGUCGGAACGGCGGCCAAAAUACCAGUAGGCAAUAGCUUCCACGGUAGUAGAGCCACCGUUAGUUGUACAAAAGACAGUGACAUAAACUAAUAAAUCGAUGGAAAUGAAACGUACGUAACGCAUGAACCAUACGCGUUCGUUCGCGUACUGCACAUGGUGCAGUUAGGUGGCAGAUUCAGUUGACACGAUGCGGUUCGCGGCAUCUACGAACGUUCGCCUAGUACGUCGUGUAAAAACAUGUGAUUUUCGUUCGGUAACGAUAUGAAACAAGCAACCAAAUUGGAAAAGCAUCCUUCGCAUCCUUGCGGUGUUAAGCGCCCGGUGACAUGAAGGGAUUAGACGCAUAGAAUGUACGGUGAGGAGGAAACAAACGCCCAACAAAGGAAAAGUACCAAUACGGCUUGUACAUCUCAUGUAUGUCCAUCUGUGUGCGUGUGUUUGCUUUCGAAGCGGCUUCGGAUUUAGAGAAAUCAAUAAUGAAUAGCCACAAUUACUAGUAAUCAAUGACAUGAAAAACGAAUCGAGAAAUAGUGAUCCAAAUAUUAUAAGUCACAACAGCUCUAGAUAUGUAACUAUCAAUCAUUUAUGCGAAAACAAAAGCUCUGCCGCUAGUAGCGGAGUGUUGUAUUUAAGGAAAUGUGUUAUUUUAAAAUUAAGAUUCGUAACAUUCUCGGUAGCUUCUUUCGAGGGAAUUGUGGAUUGUUUCAAAUGGCUCUGUGCGGCAAAAUCAUGCUACCAAAGAUGAGUUAAACAGCACAUCACUAAACACCAUACUGUUCUACAACGCCCAUAACAGGUGUAACGCUGGGUGCGGUGUCGAUCAGAAUAGAUUCAAGCUAUUGGGCGUUUCUUAACUGCUGCAGAGCCAUAGAAUAAGUAGGAUAUCCGCAGCUUGGUGAUUCUUGGCGAAAGCAUCCCCAGGGAAAGAAGCGUAACUUUCCUCGGAGUCCUACGCAGAUUGGGUUUGUAUGUUUUUACUUAUAGUUAGUAGCAGCUGUAGAAGACAGAGUUUGAUUUGUAUAUUUUGCGAGUUCCAUAUUUUUAUGUGCAGGGAGAAUAGUUUUCAUUAGCUUUAAGCGCAAUUGAGCACUAUGUUUAUUUUAAGCGGCAUGAAAUUCGUGUAUGUAUAUUUGUUUUUAUCGUUUUAUUCGCCAUGAGGUUCACAGAAGAGGUUAGACUUGAAGUUUUAAGCGAUUAUCAACAGUGCAGCGACAGCUGCACAAAAGCAAAUAUGGAAAUAAACUGAAUCAAUUCAA